AUGACCAACAUUAACAAAGCUUGUGAGGAAUGUCGCAUUCGAAAAAUCCGCUGCGAGGGCGGAAACCCUUGUUGUCGGUGCUCGAAGCGCAACAUGCAAUGUGUAUAUCGCUUCAAAGUCCGCAAUCGCUUGAAGAAGCCCCGGAUUAGACCCGCAUCAUUGCCAAAAGAAAACAACCCAGAAACAUCUUUGGCGCGACAGGUCAACCUCAGCCAUGAGUCUGAGACCGAAGGCAACCAGGGGUUUCACGUCCAUAGCAUAGCAGCGCUCCCGAUGGCCUCAUAUAACUUUCAGUUACACUAUGGACCGUCCUCCAACUUUUCAAUCAUGCACCUGGUAUCUAGCCAGAUAUCCGGUGUUCCGCAGCCGCUUGGGCGAAGUGCCGAAGUGGCACAAGUCGGUCCUGGGCUGGAUCUAUUCGAGUACCAAUUCUUAUUUUUUGGCGAUUUGGCAGACUCAAAUAAAGCUGUACCCAUUACAGGGGUUCAUUUUACCACUCUCCCAUCGCAAGAAUUGUCCAAUCAGCUUCUUGAGCGGUAUCUUUCAACAUAUUGGCAUAUGUUGCCCAUUGUUAGCAAAGAGAUUUUCCGGCAGCGUCUCGCACAGAUAUACGUAACUCCCGGAGUAUGCGCAUUUGACUCAUUGGAUGGUAUGGUUGUACUUGCUGCAAUGGCUGUUGGUGCAUCCAUGAUGGGAGAGGAGAAAGUCACGCAGAUGUUAUUCCAAGGUGUCAAGGCCAACGCGAAACGGGCCAAUGAAUAUGUAAAUAUUCAAUCCAUUCAUUUGGAGCUCAUUCUUGCACAGUUCCGAAUGGAAAGAUCAAAGCCUCAUUCCGGGUUUAUGCAUGUUGGAAACGCGGCUAGGAAAGCUAUUGCGGCCGGCCUUCACAGAGGAGUUAAUAUCCGGGGCAAGCCCGAAGAUGCUUCACAGCGCCGACUUGCGUUCUGGUCUGAUUUGAAGCGUGUGCCAAGAUGGGUUUGCUUUAUUCUUGGGCGCCAGACAUCUAUUUCCGAGCUCGGCUUGGAUAUACCUGUUCCCGCAGACGACAAGAUAAUGGCGGCCUUGGUGAAGCUGACAAAGAUUGUAUCGCAUUGCGCUGAUCGCAUCUACAAUCGGACUUACGAGUCUCUUGUGCAUAUGUGGGAUGUGGUAAAUGAGAUUCGUGGCGAGCUCCAUGAGUUUGCUGACGAGCAGCGUAAGGAAAUUGGGUUUGAGCCUGACAGAAGAACGGUAUAUAUGGCAUUUUUCCUUGAAGGCGCGUGUUUUGUCCUCGGCUUUGACAUGCUCAGCAAUAGUUCGCGGCGCACAAUCCAUCUUCCGUAUAUGCAAAACGCCGUUGAUUGCCUUUCAACGAUGAUUCCUAAACAGGACAAAGCCCUCCCACAAGUUCCAAUCCUUGUGAAAGGAAUAAAACACAUGAUCGAUUCAUCCAUGACUUCAGACAUCCAAAGCAUCGAAGGAGGCUCUCAAAUUGAGUCCAUGUGCAACGGCAGUCCAUCCAUGGUAACUCCUGCUAAUACAGAGGUUAACCAGGUAGAUUCUGGACCUCCGCCAUUUCUUCCUCAACAGCAUGCAAAUAGCAUUGCCGACUUUACAACAUACGAUGCAUUAAAUAGUCGGGUAUCCUCUACACUUACUGAUAUUGAAUACGGCUGGCAAAAUAUGAGCGUUGAAAUGUUGUGGCCGGAAUUUCCGCACCAAGUACUUCUCAACAUGCAGCAUGCCGGAAGAGGUAUUCCAAAUCAUGACCCUGCCUUUGAUAACCCGAUAUAA